AUGAAAUUCUUGAGUGUCGUGUGUGUAUUGGCGACGGGGCUUCUCGUUGAAGCAAUGCCAGAUAUUCAGGUCUCGCUUCGGGGGAAGAAGUAUGAUCUGGCUGGAGUUGACACAGUCCAAGAGCUCCAAGAGGAGCUGAGCGAAAAAUCUGGCGUGGCUCCUUCCAAACAGGGACGAGUUCUAUUCAAUGGAAAGAGAUUGUCAUCAGAGGACAAUCUAACUGAUGCUGGAGUUAAGGACGGCGAUCAGCUUAAUAUUGUCCCAAAAUCAAAAUCCAAAAGCGGCACCAAAAAGAAGACUACCACUCCUUCUGCGGCUGCCAGUUCCUCGUCAGUAGCUGCACCAGCCGCCCCGGGAGGAAUGGAAGAUAUUUUGAAGGGACUUGGUGGUUCUGGAAUGGACGAUUUGAUGAAGAGCAUGGGUGGAGGAGAAGGCGGUGCCCCUAAUAUGCAGGAAUCCAUGGAAAUGAUGAGUAGUAUGAUGAACAGUCCCAUAUUCAAGGAGUACAUGAGCGAUCCCGAUAGAUUGGAGGAAUCUCGGCAAAUGAUUCUAAAUAAUCCUAUGCUAAAGAGUAUGAUGGCAGGUAUGCCAGGAAUGGAAGAAUUGCUGAAUAGUCCCGAGGCCUGGCGCGAGGCCAUGCAAGCAGCAGCUACCAUGUAUGAAAACAUGGACCAAAAUGAUUUGAUGCAAGCCAUGAUGGGAGGGGCUGGUGGUAUGCCGGGAGGUGGUAUGCCUGGAGGUAUGCCAGGCGGUAUGGGAGGACUCUUUGACGCCCCCAAUGGCAAUGAUAUGGCGGCCUUGGAUGAGCUGUCAGAAGGAGAAGACUAA